CGAGCCCUAACAACCAAUUUAUAUUUAACCAUUUCAUUACUGUCUCGCAAAACGCGUCACUGAACGUCCGUUACUCUAUGGUGGGAGCAAUUUUUUUCUAUUAUAAAUUCUCGGAAAUGUCAGUUGGAACACAAUUUUUUGCCGCGCAUUUUUGAGACACGUUUGAUAGAAAAGUGUAUGAAGAUGGAAAUUAAAGUUUUAAUUUUAGUCACACUCAUUUGUGCUGCAACUUGUCUGCCACUUGGUGGAGACGGAAACGAUCUUGUGAGCAGCGGUCAUAGGCUGUGGAAGAGAUUCAUUAACCCGUUUAUAAUUUUCGGAAAUUUGGCUGACAGUGGAAUAAACAAAAUUAGGACCAAAAGAAGUUCCGAGGACGAGUGCGAGAAGCUGCAGCUGUGCAAGUUGCACGCGCGCUCUCGCUACAGCUUCUUUGCAGCUUACGAGCUGUAUUUCGUCAACAAAGAGAACGCGCGGCUGUGGGACCACCAGCCGCACUCCGCGGCGGACUGCGACCGGAGGUUCGGCGCCUGCUACAGAUAAC